AUGUACCUCGACACCCAGCACUUCAAGUUCUUCCACGCCCACCCUCACUUAUCCAGCUCUAGACGGCGAGCAAACAUGGACACAAGCCUUCAGCCGUCGGCCGACCAGUUCGAAACGGCCCGCCAGCGCGAAACGAACAGCAUGCGCGACUUCUCUCGAAUGAUCCAGGUCCGCCUCUCGCACCUGAUCCAAACCGAGUACGAAGCAAGCCACGGUACGGCGGCGAACCCGAUCGAGAUUGACUCCGACUCCGACGACGACGAUGCCAACGCGAACGGCAAUGGCCACCACCACUCCGCCAAUGGAGACGGCGGCGCCAACCUCACCUCCCGCCUCGACGACCUCGAGCUGCACACGCUCCCGCUGCCGCGUGCGCCGUUCGCCGAGCUCGACUACGACGGCGAGGGUCUCUGGCAGGCGCCGCUGCACGACCAGUUCCAGCACGACCCGCAGUGGCCGUGCAUGGUGUCGGCGGUGCGCGACGAGCCGCUGCCGCCCAACAUCGCGCUGCCCGUGCCAGUGCGCGCGCCGCCGGGCCCGACCGAGGCGCACUUCGUCUGGGCUGACGAGCGCGACGAGUAUCUCGCGCGCUGCCCCGAGAAUGCGGAUUUCAGCCAGAUCGUCUUCAUGCCCGUCCCGCGUCCCGCCAAGUUCGACGCCCUCAACGCGACCAUCAUCGACGACGACGACCACAACAACAGCUACCGCAGCCGCAGCAACAGCGCCAGCAGCAGGCCCGCCACCCCCAUCACCAACACCCCCGCCACCGCCAUCGCCGUCCAUCCUCCCCCGCCCCCUCCGCCCUCCCCGCACCAGGACCUCCUCCUCCUCACCCCGUCCGAAGCCUCGCACAUGCGCAACCUCUUCAUCGCCAAGGGCCAGGCGCUAGCCGAGCGCGCCACUACUGCUGCUGCUGCCGCCGCCGCCGCGAACGCGUCACUGCUGCUGCCUUCACCGCCGGCGUCGUCCGGGCGCCUGCUGCUGCUGCGCAUGCCGCAUGUCGACGACGACGACGACUCGGUCCGCGCGCACUACGAGUCGUGCGAGGUGUGCCGCGGCAUCCGCCGGCGCGCGGUGCCGGGCGAGCAUGAGUAUUGGGCGCGUGUGAGCGAGUUGGGCGAGGGGAAGGUGGGGGAGAUGAGGGUUGGUGGCGCGCAGCCACGCGUGGUGGUGACGAGGUCGGGGGGGAGGGGAGCGGCGGCGGGGGAGGGGAGUGAGGAGUGA